AUGUUAUCGCACCACCCAACCCUGAGGCAGUGCUCAACACGGAUUCACAUAAAGUUCUUCUACUGUGUAUUAAACCCGCUGGACCCAAGCUUCUGCAAACAGGAGAAACCCCGCGCCAGUGUCCCACUCGACAGCCCCGCGCCACAGUCCCACUCUCUACAGCCCCGCGCCACAGUCCCACCCUACAGCCCCGCGCCAGUGUCCCACCCUACAGCCCCUCGCCACAGCCCCACCCUACAGCCCCGCGCCACAGUCCCACCCUACAGCCCCGCGCCACAGCCCCACGCCACAGCCCCACUCUCUACAGCCCCGCGCCACAGUCCCACCCUACAGCCCCGCUCCACAGUCCCAACCUACAGCCCCGCGCCAGUGUCCUACUCUACAGCCCCGCUCCACAGUCCCACCCUACAGCCCCGCGCCACACCCCGCGCCAGUGUCCCACUCGACAGCCCCGCGCCACAGUCCCACUCUCUACAGCCCCGCGCCACAGUCCCACCCUACAGCCCCGCGCCAGUGUCCCACCCUACAGCCCCUCGCCACAGCCCCACCCUACAGCCCCGCGCCACACCCCGCGCCACAGCCCCACACUCUACAGCCCCUCGCCACAGCCCCACACUCUACAGCCCCGCGCCACAGCCCCGCGCCACAGUCCCACUCUCUACAGCCCCACCCUACAGCCCCUCGCCACAGCCCCACCCUACAGCCCCUCGCCACACCCCGCGCCACAGUCCCACUCCACAGUCCCGCGCCACAGUCCCACUCCACAGUCCCACUCCACAGCCCAGCUCCAGUGUCCUACUCUACAGCCCCGCGCCACAGCCCCGCACUCGACAGCCCCGCACUCGACAGCCCCGCGCCACAGUCAGGUGUUAG